AUUUCAGUUUCGAAAAAGCCCAAUAUCUGGACGAGUGACAAGGUAUUAUACACAGUAUUGCGCUCAAAUAAGACUUUUGAGAGCUUCAGCCAGUCAGUGAGCUUUCUUUCAUAUUCAAGGACAGUGCUUGUGUUAAAAUAUGUUUAUGAAUUGAGAACGCCAUGUUGGUCUGGAUAUUUUUGUUCGCCGUACUUGCCACGGCCAACGAUGAGGAGUCAUCCAAGGUUUUAGAAACAUUCUCUCGACAAGAAUGUCCCAAGAACUAUGAAUAUUGCACCAAAAGACACCAGUGCUUGUCCGUCCUUGGUUGUCGAACCAAUUUAGGGGUUGGUGAUUGUCCCCAGGAUUUUGAAAUUUGCGAUCCAAUUGGACAAUGGUGUUGGAAGAAAGAUUGCCAGGAUGUUCAAGAGCCCUGCUCUGUGCUCUGCGACAAGAAACUCGUUUGUCCAAGAAAUCCUGAUGGACCUGCUCAAUGCUACGAAGUCAUCGAAUGUCAAUCUGAAUGUGAGGAAGGGGUUGAGGAAGCAUUUGAGCUGCCCAAUCGGAUCUCAACCGAAGAGUACUACGAAUAUCCAGAGUUCCCUAGCCGAAUCAAAAGACAGGAUGACGAACAAGGCACAACUGAGAGCCAAAAUGGAGAGGUGUCAAUUGAUACGAAAGAAAUGGAUGCCUGUCCACCUGGAACAGCAUUUUGUUCACCUCAAGGGCUAUGUUUACCAGAAUGCCCCACACAAGAGGACCAAUGUCCAGAUGGAACCAUUUUCUGCUUGGAAACCAAAUCUUGCCAAAGCGAUUGCCCAACCGAUAACGAACACAAAAUAAUCCAAUGCCCUGAGGGAUCCACUUAUUGUUUAUCCAACAACAGGUGUUCCAUGAAUUGUGAAGAGUUAGCGCAAGAGAGCCAAGAACAAUGUCCACCAGGUUUGACUUUUUGCCUCGACAUUGGAGGCUGUUCUCAAUUGUGCCAUGAGGGUCAUGGGCAAGAAGACCCACAAGAUCGUUCGGAAGUCAUUGAAUGUCCAUCAGGGAUGUAUUUCUGCUUGGAUCGUGGCCUAUGCUUAUUGGACUGCAACGAUGAGGUGGUAGAAAUUGAUCAAGAAGGGGAGGAAACCAUUGUUCAAUGUCCAUCCGAUAUGAUGUUUUGCAUGGAUCGUGGACUUUGCUCUUACGAUUGUACAAAUGACGAAAUUUUACCUGUUCAGCUACCCCUGGACGACAAUUUCCAAUGUCCCUUGGGCAUGACAUUUUGCCUUGACCGCGGGCAAUGCUUGAUGGAUUGCAAUGAUGUCGAAUCAGGUGGUAACACAAACCAUGAUGAAGUGGAAUGCCCACGUGGUUUGACCUUUUGUCUCGAUAGUGGACUUUGCACUACGACUUGCAAUGAGGCUAGGCCAAAGAAAUGCCCGUCUGGAACGAUUUACUGCCCAAAACUGAAUAAGUGUGCCACUCAUUGUACGAAUCAUGGAGCAACAGAACUGGACCAAAAUUUCAUUCGUUGCCCCUCAGACACGGUAUUUUGUUUGGAACGUGGGAGGUGUUUGUCAAAUUGCAAUGAAAAAAAUCGGCCUUCAACGAACACAGACGACAAUAACAACAUCAGAGAAUGUCCACAAGAUAUGGUCUUUUGCUUGGAUCAAGGAAUGUGCGUCCUCGAAUGUAACUCUCCACAGAAUGAAACCAACAGCACCAAUGAAACACAUCAGUGUCCCAUUGGCAUGACAUUGUGCUCUUUCCAAGGAAUGUGUUCUUGGAACUGCUCCGUUCCAGAAAUUGCACCCCUGAACACCUCGCUUGAAUACAUUUGUCUUGGUUCCACUGCUUUUUGCCGAAACACCAGGAGAUGCGAGUCCAAUUGCACCGCUGAAUUUGUAAUUUGUCCAAGCAAUCAAACAUUCUGCAACGCAACCAAAACUUGUGGAGCAGAUUGCUCCGAUUUUAGGGAAGUCGAGGAGCAGUGUCCCAUGGGGCAAGUAUUUUGUUUGGAAAGUGGGUCUUGCCGAAAAAGCAUCGAAGAUUGCUCAGCACCAUCCAACCCUAAUGAUAUAUUAGAAUCUUGCCCAACUGGAACAGUGUUUUGUCUCAGUCAAGGUGGCUGCAUCGACGAAUGCAAGGAUGAGCUUCAGAAGUGCCCCGAUGGAACUUCCUAUUGCAUGACGACUGGGUUGUGUGGUAUGGACUGCCCAGAUGAAAUCACGGGGCCUCGAUGCCCGGAAGGCACUGAUAUUUGCAAUGAGAAUGAAUCUGAUGCAGCCGGGAAGGACAAUCCGGGAGCUAGCGAAGGAUUCAUCAAGUGCCCACCGAACACGAUAUAUUGCUUAGAGGCUGGCGAGUGUCUCACCGAAUGCAAGUCGCCAAAAAAUCCAUUACGGCCGCAAUGCCCUCUGGGCAUGACAUUGUGCAUGGGCACUUCAGAAUGCCGUAGUGAGUGCUCUGAGCAGCCAACUAGCCCCCCUGAUAGUCGUCAAAUCGUAUCUUGCCCCAUUGGAACUCAUUUCUGUAUGGAGCAAAUGUCUUGUCAAGUUGAUUGUAGUGACCAGUCUCCCUCAUCUCCCUCACCCGUUCAAGAUGAAUGGCAAUGUCCCAAGGGCACCUCGUUGUGUCUAGAUAUUGGAACAUGUUCUGCAGAUUGUGAUAGUCAACGACACCCUAUUCAACUGGACGUGGAUUACGUGUGUCCACCUGGAACGGCGUACUGCCUCUCCCAAGGGCUUUGUACGAGCUCAUGCCAAGAUGAUGGGGAGGAGGAAAAAGAGGAGGAAAAACAAAACGAGAAGCCAAUCCGCGAAACCACUUGUCCACCGGAUUGGCUGGUCACUCUGGCACAACUUGAACUGCCGCUUCUGCCCACUGGCCCAAUUUUGGCGGGUAAUUCAAAAUCCACGCACAACUCGCCUAAACAUGGUGUGAACGGGGAAGGAAGGAGUGACAAGGACAACGACGACCAUGACUCUUCCGUCGAGAAGGUGUAUUACGCAAUGAAAGAGGAUAGCCGGGAACCAGUCCGAUUGAGUGAUGUCUUCAUGGUUCUGGAGGACCCAAUGACCAUCAGCAUCUUGAGGAGGGAAUAUCAGAGAUGUAAGGCAUGA